AUGCCACCGUCAAAGACACCCCGUCGACGUGGCCCAAAGCGAAGAAAGCUUCGUGAACAGGACUCAUUGGAUCUCAACAACUGCUACUAUACAAGUGAGGACCGAGGAUUCCACCUCGAUCCCGAUAUUCGUGUCGGUCUUCAAACCAGAUGUGAUGCGAACCCUUACUGGAUCCCCGAGGGCGAAACCACCGAUCCCACCGUAGUCUUCGAGGAGCCAUGCCCACCGUCCGAAUUCUCUGCCGCUGACAGAUCUGAAACCCUUUCCCCUGCAAUGUUUCCGGAAGCAAGGGCCGCGAAGGUCGUCUUCAAGAGAAAGGAAACACAGUGCCCUCCUCAGACGGACUUCCUCACUAGGUCUGCCUUACCUUCGCCGCUUUCUGUCUCCAUUCAUGCCGCCGCGCCUCCCAGAGUCCAAUUCCCAGACUGUCGCCUGGAGGAUUCGAUGAAUGGACGUCCGCCGGAUUAUCACUCGAACUACCUCAAUGAUAUCAGGAUUCCAAGUCCGCUGCUGUAUCACAACGCACAAUUCGACUACGUUCGUCCCUCUGAUGCUCCUCCAUUGGCCUGGAGUUCUUCAUUCUCUGAAUACAUCCAUGGACAGCAAAAGCCAGAACCUGACUUUACCAGCUGGCGCCCCGUCGAGGAUAGUGUAACCCAGGAUGAGCGUACGGAUCUCCAACGUCAUGGAAGCCUGGGAUUUGCUAUCUGCACGGCUUCGUCAUCGAAGCACAGAGCAGAAGCCAGCCACAUCUCGGACGAGAGUCAUGAUUCUUCAACUCAUCGUUUUGUCCCCUCGCCAGGAGAUGAUCCUCGCGGCUCCCCAGAAAUGGGUGGGCGUAACCAAGAGUAUUCGUGUGCUGCGGAUGUUGGCAGAAGCCCGGCCGUCGCUCUCCAUGGCCAUGAGACUCCGUGGUACACUGAUUCUUUCAUGCGAACGAGCUCGCACGAUACAAAGAUCAACAUGCCUCGCAAUGUCAAAUCCACUGGAGACGAUUUGGUCUUUCCUACACUACCGACCCCGGUCUGUCUUCAACGAAGCUUGUCGGCCUACUGCAGCCCCAGCAAUACCGUUCAGCCUGAAGGAAAUCAAGCCGCCAACAGUUGGGAGCGAGCUGAGGAAGGCUUGUCGUCCGGUCCCGAUCUGAUCGACAACACUCCGCCAUCUACUUUUGACACGGUGGAGGCAGCAAUGCGUGCAGUCCGCAGGGAUCGUGACGCGCUGUCUACUCAUUUGUCCUCAGAACGCAAAGAUGAUGGAGGGGUUACUGACGAAGCCCAGCCUGGCGCGGCAGCCAACGUCGUGCUUCCACCAUGCAUGGAUCUAGUUCCAGCGCGUCUAUACCAGCACCAAGUUAUUGUCUGGCCUCUGUCAAACUCGAUUAUCGAUGCCAAAAAGAAGCGUGUCAGGGACAGAUGGGGUGUUAUCCACCUGGUAGAUUGGCUGGAAAAACUAAAUACGCUGGACCUUUAUGCUGACGAUGGCCAAUUGAGUCUACGUGAUCUCGCACGUCGACCUGACGAGAGCAACUCCAACUUUAGCAAAGAGAUUUUAGCCUCUGAGCCUACUCUGAGUUCAUCCUCCUCUGUUCGCGUUCACUGCAACAACUCACAAUCGGACGAUGAAUCAAUUUCAGGUCGACGUGAAGAAAGAUUAUUCACCGGCAGCGAACACGACUCGGAGAUCGACCUGGUCGACGAUCUUGUGAGUGACGAUGAGUGGGCCAAUUGGGAUUGGGAUUUUGAGCCAGAUGAUGUGUUUGAAAGGAUUGGACUGUUUGCCACCGACUGGGAAGCAGCAGGGUAA